AACAUGGCUUUUCUUGACAAUGGCAGCUGGAUUAACCUAACCUCUUACAAAACUUAAAAUUACAUCAUAAAAAAUGUCUAGAAUAACUUUAUCCAAGCUAUGCCAUAAUGUUCGAAUUAACCAAUCCAGGUUGGUUACCUUAUGCACUAGAAACGCAUCAACAUCCACACCACAAGACCAGGAAACUCAUACAGGACAGAAAUUUGACCCAAAAGACUACAGAUUAGCGCGAUUUGUCGAUCGUCCCAAAAAUGUAAACCCCAAUUUUUCUAUCAAAUUGAUUGAAGAGGCUCCUCCAAAGUCAUGCAAAGACAGGGUUGUUUUUUGCGAUGGAGGUAGUGGACCUGAAGGACAUCCAAGGGUUUACAUCAACUUGGAUAAACCAGGAAAUCACUCUUGUGGAUACUGCGGUUUGAGGUUCUACAAAGAUGGCCACCACCAUUAAGCUCUUAAAGGAAGCGCCAGCCAAGUAGAUGAAAUGAAUAAUCCAUUUUCAGUAUAUUAGCUUAGAAACUGUUUAUAAGUUCAUCAUUAAACAGCCUCACUAUUUAUGGAAAAGCGUUCUAAUAAACUUAAAAAAGGAAAUAGGAA